CUUAACCUUUCUGAUGAAAUCUCCCGUUUGCAUCGAGCUUUUCUCUACUAGUCUUGAAAACGAGGAACAGGAAAAUCCACCGCCGAAUCUAUUCGCGAAUAACAGCUGUUUCAACGAGCAUCAAAUUGUUUUUUUUUCCCCGUAUUUCCAGACAUUUGUUGUGUUCCCUUUAGCACGAGACGUUUCAUCGAUUUAAAAAAAAAAACAAACAACGUUUGUUAAUUUGCUCACGCGCUAAACUCGAUACGUUCGCGGACGAGGAUCUACAUUAGCGACCAGCUAACAGCUAACCAGCUUCAGUUUUCGACUCCUAAACCAAAAUGGCUUGUAUAUCGACGUACGAAUUGGAAAGUGUGGACAAUGUCAGCUCGAUCUUGAUCAUCCCGUCGUCCUCUGUUGUCUCUCCUGUUCUCUGUAAGUGUGCGAGUGUAACGAAUCCUCAACGUACAUCUGCUGUAAAUUUGAACAUGGCGAGUGCCGGGAACAAUAUGGACGCCGACUGCCUUCAAUGCUGGGUCGCAUGGAGAGCUAACCGGCAACAUGCCCUCGCCGUUUAAACACUAUGGACACUUUGAGUAUUUGACGAUAUUAAAAACGGACAGUAUUCUGAACUGCGACACUUUGUCAUCGACUUUGUUAGUUCUUCAGUAGCUAAUAUUUAGCAGCAAGUGAAGUCAUAAGGUUUAUCAUUCGUUUGCUUGCUAACGUUAAUAUUGUACAACUGGCGCUACAACUUACUCCAACUACAGGUAUUUUAGCCAAUUUACUAGUUAACGUCUAAAGUCUUAACAUAUUCGUUUCAGUUAAUAAAGUCAACAUUAAACCAGGCUUGUCAAUAUUAAACUAGGAUCGUCAUAGGGGAAGGGAAAACUUUACUAGUUCACUAGCUAAGCGAUUAGCUGUUGUCGUCCCAUUCUUUCUGUGAUUUUCAUAAUUUUUUAAUUUUAAUAUUUUGAAAGAAUUAAUAUAUUACAAUGUAUAGAAGUAUGAGCUCAGAGGAACACUUCUCUAAGAAGGGUUCAUUGGCCACCUCUGCUAGUGUUGAGGUGGGGAGCGUUAGCUGGGCUAGCUCCUGGAUUAGCAUGCUGUCAGCACUGUCCAAGCCUGCAUGGUCGCUUCUUCAGAAAUAUCUGCCUGGAAAAUCGCAGACUUGCUCCAGCGAGGCAGGAAAAUCCAGCAUUGACUUUGGACAUAAGCUAAUAACAGGACUUGAUAACCUUAUGCCUCCUGACCAGAGUCCUACUCACCUGCGCGUAGCAUAUGUUCACUGUCAGCAUGAAAACGGCAGGUUUACCCCUUCCGGCGAUGUAGAAACUCUGAGCUGGUUGACUGCAGACACUCUGACAGAACUGGGGAUUCAGGACGCCGUGAAUAUGAAUUUUAAGGCUCCACAAACACCCCCAGUGGAACACCGGUACCUCGCAUCAACAAGGAAAAUUCUCAGUAGGUUUCUGGAAUCAAGAGAAGGAAAGCACACUGAGGUCAUGCAGCCCAAGCUGAGUGUUUCAUGUUCAAGCACAAGCGCCACUAACAGCUGGUGGUGGCAGGGACUUUGGAGGUCGGAUGUCCCUCAGAAUGCUCUCAAAACGCAGCCUGCUUUGUGCCAGACUAAAACCUCUGCUGGUGCUGAAACAAAGUCCCUGCAUUGUGGAAAACACCACAGUAGUGGUCAUUGUGAGCUGGGUUGCCAGAGGUCAGCUGUUGCAGUCGAUAAGCUGGAAGAACCAUCUAAACACAGCAACGAGGCUGAAUGGGCAUGUAGCGAAUGUGCUGGACUUUCACACCUCAAAGAGUCAGCUGACCAUACAAGCCUUUACACAGUCAGGCUGGAAUUUCUCCCCAGCUCCGACUACCUUCCAUCAGUUCAUGAACACAGCGUUGUAGAGCAUCAGGUUGGUACCAGAGCUGCUGCCGCCUGCAGUGAGGUGGCAGUUCUGACCCCGGACCAGGACAAUGGCUACUCUAGUUUGGAGGAAGAAAGUGCCAGUGCAAGGCAGUGUAAAAUGAACGGCAUAUAUGAACUGUUGGACGUGGAUGGUUCUACUGCUUCUCAGGCUGGCGAUCCUGGGCAUGGAGGAGAGGAAGACAAAUCUGCAGGGAAUACUCGUUGUGAGAGGGUUGAGAACGAAGAGGAAGAUGAGGAUGAGGAAAAAGCGCAGAACACCGAGCCUGCGAUUGUACAUGAGGCUUUGCCAGUUCAAUCCACCACUUGCUGUCAGAACAAAGCGAUCUCUUUCAUCAUGGGCAGCCCAUGCAGUGACGAGUCGGACAUGGACAACAGUGUUCGGGACAGUGACGACGAUGAUGGCUUUGACAGCGACGUCUUAGACAGCAGUUCUGACUCGGAGGACCUAGAUGAUAGUGAUGAUGAGGAUGAAGAGGAUUCAGAAUCUGAUGAAUUGGAUUCUGAGAGUGAGAGAUUGUUGAAUUCAUUGUUUCAAACGAAGGACCCCUAUAACCCACGCAAUUUCACAGCCUCUAUCCGGACAUCCCAGAAACUCUGUGAAUCUGCCUCAAGUUCGUGCCCAAUGGGAUCCCCAGUAGAGCCUGAUUCUCUUUUGUGUUCCACCUCAUCAUCCCCUCCUUCACCUCUGGAAGAAUCCCAGAAAGAUGAGGAGUCCAGUGAAGAAGCCUGUUCAUCAAUGGAUGAAGCGGAGAGCCUGAGGCUUUGGAACUCGUUCAGCUGCUCAUCAGAUCCCUACAGUCCCCUGAACUUUCAGGCGGCAAUCAGGACUCUGCAGCCAGCCAGACAGCGUUGUAAGAAAGAGAAACCUGUCGAGCCUCUGGUCUAUAGGAAAGAGGAGGCAGAGGAGAGGAUGGACAGUGGAUUCUCAGAGGCAGCUCUUGUCCAGGGCCUUGGAAGUGCCGGAGUUGUCAGGUUGAAAAAGGUGACGUUCAUAGAGGAGGUGGAGGAGUUCUAUGCCAGCAGCGACGAGGAGCGGAGCAGCCCGUGGGAAGAAUACGCUCGUGACCGCUGUCGCUUUCAGCGUCGCGUUCAGGAGGUGGAGGAGAGCAUCAGCUACUGCCUGACUCCCAGCUUCCGCCUUAACAUCUUUCAAAGACGCUAUUCUAGUAGCUGAUUUAACAUUUUGUUUGUUGUUUGCUUUUGCUUUUUUUUUUUUUAAUAGUUAUUUUUAAUUGCGCAAGAUAAAUUCUAUACAUAUCGGGUCUAAUUCAGGGUGAAGAGGAGCAGAAAUGAAAAUGGAAGGCAUAAAGACUCCCGUGUUGCAGUUUCAUCCGUGUUAGGCUUUAACACUUCACUGAGUCAUACAGUAAAGAACCACUAUUCUGUUCUGAGGAGAGCUUCGUUAAGCCAUGCAGCUUCUCGAACACCACAACCACAAGCAACAAAGUGAAGAAUGAAGUUUGUUUGUACGAUGGCUGGGGUCACAGUUUUGAUGAAAAAGAAAGCUUUGAAACGCUUUUGAAAUAUUUUCAUCUCUAGGUAUUGUUUAAGAGCCACUAAUGCACUAAAUCUGAAUUGCUUCAUGAACUGUCUUAACUUCAUCUGUAUUAGUGCAUCAGUAUUGAACUCUUACCCUUUAUAGUGUUAGAAUAACCUGUUGCCUUCGUGUCCUACCAGGAUUUUAGCUCAGCUGUGUUUAGAUGAGGUGGGUAUGUGUUGUUUUGUCCCUGUUGUAAAAUGUUUUGGCAUAAGCUUUUCAUGCUAAUACCAUCUUGGUUUUCCAUGAGUUGUGCCAUACAACUGAAAUUUGGAGUAUUUCAUAAUUAGCGCUACGCAACUUGGCAUGCGUCUUUUUGUGCCAAAAAAUGUUUGUUUAUUCAAAUUCUUUUCCCUUUCUGGUAGAAAUAUGACUCCAGACAUGCUACGUGUCUUCUCGGAGUAAGGGACAUUUAAUAACCCUGGGUCAAAUGUCCCAGCCUUUCUAAAUGCAGCUGUAAAACCUGUUCACUAAUGAACCUGCAAGCCAAAGAUAGCACUUGAGUUCUGUACAGCUCACGUAGUGGAAGCUCACUAGUACACGAGUAAUGUGGAUAAGGAACACAAAUGAGUUCAGCAGUAUCUGUUCCUGAGUCUGAGGACGGCCGGGUCUUCCUUCACGCUCCGAAUUUGCAUGGUCCUGUAUAAGCGUACAGCCCCAGCAUUCAUUACCUUCUAAAACCCGCUUGACUUUCUAGUGCUUGAGAAUCACUGUGGUGUGUAUCGUGUCUUAACCGAGAGGUCGUGUGUCUGUAGUCUCAACUGUGGCAGCUGUGACCCAAGUGGCUGGAUUUUGUGUAUGACUAAAAAGAAAAUGCAGGGAGCUAAAUGCAUGAUCUAUUGAAAUGAUAUGCUUGAUGUCAAAGCAUAGGGUUAAUCUGUAUAAUUAACAUGUUUUACAUGUUUUAUUUUUCUAAAACAAGUUAGGUUACUAUAGUUAUUCAGCAUUUAUUCUGGUCUUUUGUCUUAAUCAGUUUAACAUACAAAUAAAACUAUUAUUUAAAUUGA